AUGAGACCGAAAACAAUAACUGAGUGUGAUAUUUUAUCAUUUUUGUCUGAUGAGUCAGAAAUUGAUGGAUUUAGUGACGAUUCCGAUGCUGACAAAACGUGGCAACCUCCCGUUAUUAACAAAAAUACUGUUGAUGAUGAAGAUGAAGACGAAGAAGAAGAUACUGGAUUUGAACAGGUUAGUGAUCAUGAAAUCAUUGUAGAUACUUCGAAAUCACUACCUAAUUUACAACUACAUGAUCAACCUCAAACUCCAAUUAUUGUAACAAUUACUGGUUGGGCUCCAGUUCCUUUUAAUGGUAUUCAAUUGCCAGAUCAACAAUAUGGCCCACAUGCUUUCAAAGUAAUUGAAUCGGCAUCUAGUUAUAUUAAAAAAUAUCUUCCAGACUCGCAUUUUGAUGAAGCAGCUUUAUUUACAAAUAUGUAUGCUAUGUCAAAACUAGGAAAAGAACUUAAAACUUGUGCUAAUGAAAUAAAAGUUCUUUAUGGAGCUCAUGCAAUGAUCGGUAUAAUAAAGUAUCCUCGUAUUCAUAUGUACUGGCAAAGAGGUAUCCAAUUUGAUUUAAUUGCACAAGCCAUAACGAGAGAUAGGUUUUUUUUACUUCGUUCUUGUUUACAUUUUGUGGAUAUCAACAAUCGUCCACCACAGGCAGAUCGCUUUUGGAAAAUUAAACCUAUUAUUGACAGUGUACGUAAUGCUUGUUUAAGUAUACCACGUAAUAUUAGUUGUUUUUCUAUUGAUGAGCAAAUGAUUCCAUUUUUGGGACGUAUUCCCUAUAGACAAUACGUUAGAAAUAAACCUAGACCAGUUGGUCUUAAAAACUUUGUGCUCACGACUUCAAAGGGUUUAGUACUUGAUUUUGAAAUUUAUCAAGGCGAAAAUACACCAUUAGAUAGAUCACUUGGAUUAGGCCCAGCGGUGGUCUUAAGAUUAGCAAAAACUAUUCCAGAAAACUCUGUAUUAUUUUUUGACAGAUACUUUACUACUAUUCCAUUACUAGAUCGUUUAAAUGCAAUAAAUAUAAAGGCGACAGGUACAAUUAUGAAUAAUCGUUUAAAAAAUGUACAUUUUAGUGAAAAUAAAAAGUUUAAGCAAGGGAAAUGGGAAGAACUUACUCGGUCUGAUAACCAAAUAGUUGCAAUAAAGUGGAAAGAUAGUAAGUGUGUCACUGUGUUAUCAACAGCCACAGGUGUGGAACCACAUACAAUGGUAACACGUUGGAGUAAGUCUGAAAAAAAAUAUAUAGAAGUUCCUUGUCCAUCAGUAAUUAAGACUUAUAACCAAAAUAUGGGUGGCGUAGACGUGUGCGACCAACAACUCGAGGCUUACCGCACGUGGAUAAAAACAAAAAAGUGGACACUAAAAGUUGCCUUACACUUUAUUGACCUAUCUAUUGUUAAUGCAUGGAUGGAAUAUAGACAAGAUUCUUUAAAUAUGGGAAUUAAAAAAAAUUCAGCUUCUAUUAAAAACAAACGUCCUCUUACGGUCGACUCUUCGUCGUCUAGUGAAGAUAACAUUGAACCAACUGAACCCCAACAAAAAAUUCAAAAUUAUAGAACUCCUUUUCCACCUGAACAUAAAACGAAGGACAAAUAUGAACACUGGCCAAUUGUUGAUGAUUUGAAGACUGCGAGAAAUUGCAGAAAUAAAAAAUGUAAAAGUCGUACUCGGUGUAGCAAGACCGAAGAGGCCUAA